AUCCGACAGUGUAGGGUGAGGGUGUGUCGCCCGGCGGCUCUGUGACGAACGCUGAUAUAUAGAUAAAGUGAUGGUUAUUACGCCCAAGUAAAUUGUGAUCCGAACCCAAUGAUAAUACAGUUUAAAAAGCACCGGAGAAAACUGUACUCUUUACCUUAGCCCUUCCUUAGACAGUGAUAUUUUCUCGCCAGUAAUACUACAAUUAUCAGUUAAUCAAAGUGUUGAGAAUCGGAGUUUUCUACACAACCUUGAAGAUGGGGCACUCGGUGUCUAAAACGCUUUUCUGCAUCGGAGGGAAGGAAGUCAAGGAACCUUCUACGAAGUCUUCUCCACGCUCCCUGACAACCGCCACGAUGGUGUCAGCCGAGGUGGCCACUGCCAACGGCGACGCGUCCAGUGCCUCCCUGAAUAGCGGCUCGCGAGCUCCUUCCAUCACCAUCUUGCACUUCAACGACGUGUACAAUGUGGAGGAGCAGAGUACCGAGCCGAAGGCGGGGGCUGCGCGGUUCAAGACGGCCCUGCAGAGCUUCGCCGACAAGGACCCGCUGGUCUUGUUCAGCGGGGACAUCCUUGCGCCCUCCAUCAUGAGCUCUUUCACGCAAGGGGAGCAGAUGGUGCCUGUUAUGAACCAUUUUGGGAUCCAUUGUGCCGUCUUUGGGAACCAUGACUUUGAUUUUGGCUUGGAGCGUCUAAUUGAUGUUGCCAGUCGCACAAACUUCCCCUGGCUGAUGAGCAAUGUGGAUGACAAUGAGACGGGCAAACCUCUGGCCGAUGGCAUUGUCUCGCAUGUCAUGGAGUGGCAUGGCUGGAAAAUUGGGCUGAUUGGCUUAGUCGAACAGGAAUGGUUAGAGACUCUAGCUACUAUCAAUGCUGAGCAAGUGACCUUCACAGACUAUGUGGAUAAAGGUAGAGAACUUGCCAACAUGCUCAAGAACCAGGGCUGUGACUAUGUUAUUGCAUUAACGCACAUGAGGACGCCCAAUGAUAUCAGACUAGCAGAAAAUGUAGAUGAAAUUGAUCUAAUCCUUGGUGGUCAUGACCAUGUGUAUGAGAUUCAGAAGGUUAAUGAUAAAAUCAUUCUGAAAAGUGGCACAGACUUCAGGGAAUUCUCAGUUGUUACACUAAAUGAGGAAGGAUCCUGCGUCGGAGUGGAUAUUCAGAAGAUCGAGGUUAACUCAAGUUUUGAACCUGAUUCGGACCUUAAGGAAGCAUUAUCGGAGUUUGAAGAUGUGGUGGGUGAGAAGAUGGAUGAACCUCUUGGCACAUUCAGUGUUGAUCUGGAUGGAAGGUUCUCCUCGAUCCGCACAUCGGAAACAAACCUUGGCAACUUUGUUUGUGAUAUAAUGAUGGCAGCUACCAAUGCCGAUGUGGCAAUUCUCAACUCUGGCACCCUAAGGUCUGACAGGAUCCAUUCAGCAGGGGAGUUCAAGAUGCGUGAUUUGAUGACGGUUUUACCCAUGUUAGAUCCACUUUUAGUAAUAGAAAUCACAGGAGAAAAACUGCUAGCGGCUCUUGAAAAUGGAGUCUCACAAUAUCCGAAGCUGGAGGGUCGUUUUCCCCAAGUUGCUGGCAUUCAAUUUGCUUUUGACCCUAAUGCUGAACCAGGAUCGAGGAUCAUCCGUGAUGUUGUCAAGGUUGGAGAUGAAUAUUUAGACCCUGCAGCUAAUUAUCGACUGGUUGUGAAAGCUUACAUGUACCAGGGACGAGAUGGGUAUCAAAUGCUGACAGAAUGUCCUAUUGUGCAAGAUGAAGAGCAGUGUCCCAUGCUAUCAACAGCUGUCCAGAACCACUUCACUGCCAUUAAAACUCGACUAGGCAAAUCACGACGCAACUCUACGCAUAGACAGUCUCUUGUCCUAUUGUCUAGAAGACACAGUCUCAUCCGGCAUGAUGAUGAGCUCCCCGCGGCUGCCAGACCCUCAUCACGGUCUUCCAUUGGUCGGUCAAUGUCCACAGAUUCUGCUCUGUCCACUGCCUCCUCAGGCUCUGUUCCCUCUGUCUCAGGCAGGCGGUCAAGAGGCAGUCUUUCCCGUCAGGAGAGCGUCCACGAGCUGGAAGACAUGGCGUGCAAGCUUACUCCGAAGGUUGAUGGCAGAAUACUUGUAGCUACUGAUGAGGUGGUGGAAAACCUGCGGCAGAAACUAGCACAAAGGAGUGUGUCGGUGAUUGAAGAAGAGGAUGAACCAGCAACACCACAAACUCCAAAGAAUCCAGAGACAUCCUUAGAGCAAUAAACUAUAUAGAUUAUAUUGUGUUAGGAAAUCAAUUAAUAAUGGCAUGAAUUUUUAAAGAAAUGAUUAUUACUAUGUCAUGGCUAUUAUAUCCACUGAAAGGAAGAUAUUAAAAGCAGCUGGCUGCAAGACAUUUCAUCUGUUCAUUGAGAGAGAGAAAGAAAAAUUCCCUUUAUUCAUGUGAAAUGUGUUUGUGAAGUUUAUUAACAUCUGAAUGGAAUUUAACCUUGUUAUUCUUUUAUUUUCUUCACAUCACAGUGUAAAGAGGAUUUUUAAACAAGAUUGGAUUAUGUUUUUUAUCAGUUAUUAUUAAGUGUUAUUUAAUUGAUGGUGGAAGAGCAAUCUGUAUUAUUACUGAGAGCUACUGAUAUUACAAGGAAGAUAUGAUUUAAUCAUUAUUCUGUCACUGGUAUGCUGUAUUACAAGAAACUGUCAUUGAGGUAUGGAAUGCCUGUUGUUGAAUUUUAUAUCAUAUAUGUAUAUGUAUAUUUAUAUGUAUAUGUAUAUGUAUUUGUAUUUGUAUUUGUAUUUGUAUUUGUAUAUGAAUACAUAUUCACAUAUAUGUUUAUUUGUUUGUGUAUUGAGAGAACAACAGUGGAAAGUGUGUUGAAAGCUACUUUUUUGAGCAUCAUGAUCUCAAGAACCUUCUUUCAUGUGUGCUAUUUUAACUCUAGAUUCUGUUUGAAAUGUUUACCAUAGUUUAUCAUAUCCGAAAUAUUGGUGUAUGGCAGUAUAUAUCUUUUUCAAAAAUCUAAAUUAAUGAAGUUAUUUGCUAUCAGAUUUGUCCACCAUCAAAAUUAUUUUUUGACAUUGAAAUUAUGUAUUGUCAUCUAACUACACUACAAAGAGAAAUAGUCCUAGAUAGUUCUCAUAGUUCUGUUAGCAAGUUCUUGUUGUUAUAAAAAAGGACCUCCCCUCCAUAACUACACAUAAUUAGUGGUAAAUUGAUUCAUAUUGAUAAUAGAAAGAGAAAAUCCAAAUAGACUCUUUAUCUUCUUAAAAUUUACAGUAGAAGGAAGAAGUGAGAAGUGUAUAUCCUAUAGUGCUGAGUUUGAAUGAAUAUGGUUAUCCAAUAUAUAUCUUAUAUUUUCUUUGCAUAGAAAUGAGAUUUUAAAUAGGAAUAUAUUUUGAUGUUUACAUCAUUAUACUUCAUGUUAUCAAUUUUAUUUUCAGAGGGCAAUAAUCAUUAUUAUAAAGGUUUUAACUAAUAGUAUAAGGCAUUCUAAAAACUGUGAUUACACAUUUUUGCAAUGUCCAAUAUGUAUAUGUAUAGAAGAAUUCAUAGGUUUAUCAAUAUUUAGAGACUUAGUGGAGUCUAAUGUUUUUACCUGAUGUUAUGGAAUUUUGGCCAAUGAUAAGGCCCAAAUACCCUAAUAUCUAGUCUUUAUCUAUGCAUUGGAAACGAAUGGAUUCCUGGCGCAAGUAUGGAAACUCUCAGUGUUGUCGAUACAUAUAGUGCUACCACUGUAAUGAUAUAUGUUUUAAGUUUACUGUGGUUGACAUCUCCCUUCCAUUUUCUUUACGUUUUUUUAUGGUGCUAAAUAUGCGAUAUGAAAAAGGAGUUUAAAAUUACAAAUUUUCUUCUGUAACUUAACUUUCAGUACCUUGUAUUUUUGUAUUCCAUGUACCUUCUAGUUUUUCUCAUAUAGAAAUCCAUCUACCUAAUGAGUAUCUAGUGAUAUUGUACAUACUGAAUGACAGUAUUUAACUAAGUAUUCAUAACUCAAACAGGUUCAGUAUUUAUCAAUUAAGUUGACUAUUUUGUUUCUUUUCAUUUGGAACUCCACUUUUCUUUGUAUAAUGUGGAAAAAAAUGCUUAUUUACUGUUAUUUCUACUUGUUUCCAAGUUGAUAUAUAAUGCUCUAGUACAUAUAUAUAUAUAUUCAUAGUUUGUAUAGUUCUUCCCAGUGUCUGAUAGUUGGAAAAAGCCAUAUAUUUGGUAAAAGAAAUAAUAUUUCACUUUCUUUCAUGUAUGUUUCAAAUAAUCUUCUGUUUUUCUUAUGUGUCCUAGAUAAUAAACUAUGCUUCUCAAGACCUUACAAUUGCAAGGUCAUGCUUUGUAUUUCUUCCAUCUAGGAAGAUAUCUUUAGUGAAACUCUUUUUAUGCAACUUCCUAGUAAGAGUUUCAUUGCAAAGCAUAUCUUGGUGAGAACUUCUGCUGCAAGUUGAUAUUUAAAAAUCUUGCUUAAUAUAUAUCUAAAUAUUUGUUUCUGAAGUAGAUACUUUUAGGAAGAGCAAUGAAGAACACAUUGCAGAGUUUGUUUUGGGCCAACCAGGAACAAAAUGCUAGCAAAAUUAUUAAUAGCUGAAGUGAUGAAUGGAAUAUUUUUAUAUAAUUUCUGGAGGAUUAGGCAGGAUCUAGCUCUUUGCUUUUCAUUUCUUAUGUUUAUAGAAAUCUAAAUGAUGACAUGAAUUGUUGAUCUUUGUGUUAUUACUUUUAUGACUUUUAAAGAUAUCAAACAAUACCAUGAUAAUAGUGAUAAUGAUUCUCAUUACUAUUUUUUUUUUACUAUCUUUUCACAAGCAAAGCUUUUGUUAGCCAAAAUAAAUUCACUUUUUAUUAAUGCAUUUUGGGUUAUAAUACUGUGAAUCUAGCGAUAUAUAUUUCUUUAAAGUUAUUUUCCAUAGAAAAUAAUUUAAAGGAAAAUCCUAAGUAAUUUUAAGGAAGAAUUAUUUUUUUUUCUGAUAUCUGAUCACAUCUUGAAUAAAAAAUGUUGGAAUGUAUAGUUUAUUAGGUACAUUAUUGCUAUUAUUACUAUUUUUAUAUUUCCACUUAUAUAUAGGUUGUCUUUUAUUAAAAUAUACAUAUUCAUUAU